AUGGAUGUACUUAACGCUACUAACGAUCUUCUACCACUUCUACCAGAAGUUCAAGAUGCUCUCAGUGAAGAUUUUGAUGGUGUCGAAUGCAGUAUGGGUGCAGGGGUUGUUUUGGCGCAGGCUCCAUUUAGAAUGACAUUUGCACAUAUGGGAAGACAGGUCACAUUCGUUCCCGAUACGUCAUGCCUCGAAGAAUUCGACGGAGCAAAACUGCAUCGGAUAAAUCUUGGACCAAAAAGUGCGGUCUUCACAGAUGGGGAACCAGGAUGCUGCAUGGAAUUGAUUUUGGGUGCUGGAAGAGAUUGGAAGACUCCUCUAACAAAACUCUUUACACGAGUAUAUCCCAACAAAUGGGCGUUUUUUAUCACUGAGCUUGAAUCGGGCCAAGCAUCCUAUCAUAUUCUAUCAUCAUCCCAUGGAAUGGUUAGUUCAGCAAGACGUGAGGACACUCCAGAUUCCACUGAACAAUCGUCUAUGGUCAGUUCUCCAACAGCUUCAGUGUCGGAUGCAACAAAUUAUUCACUAUGGAUUGUUCCGGUUACCAAAGUAUUUGCUAUUCCGGCACCAAAAAAAGUGAAGGUUAUCCGAAAAGUAAUAAAAAAGAGAACGCCCGUGGACGGAAGUGUAAAUGGAAGUGUAAAUGGGAAUGUGACACCACUAGAAACCACAGUUUCGAAUGGAACAGUCACUACAAAUGGCCACUCAAAUGGGAAUAUGGAAGAUGGAGAGAAGAAGGUUCGUCUCGUCAAGAAGAAACCUGUUGAGAAGAUGGAAUCUAGUACAGAACGAGAGAUAUCUCCAUUGAAUGAUAUUCCUAAAGCUGAAUUCGCAAAAGUAUCAUCUUCCGAUUCCAUGAAAACAGUUGUGAAUGGAAAAACAGAGAAAGAAGAAGCCGGACCAUCGAACGAUAGCUCAGAUGGAAGUGCUUCCGAACUGAGAAAGAAAUUAACAGAGAAGAUGAUGGAACAAAAAUUCAUGGUGAAUGGAGAGCAACGACCACUCAAUGGCAGUGCUUCCUCGCGUGCCAUCGGCCGUUCUAUCAGUCGUAGCAGUAUGACUCCCGAUAGAAGACUUGACCCAAUUUUCGAAGAUGGAUCUAAACAAAAACAAUCGAUUUCGUCGGCUAUUGCGGCUAAUCGACCGACAAUUACAAGAAACUCGGCUACUCCUCCGAGUACUCCGAAAACUCUUGUUUCGCAUCCAUCGAAGCCAAACAUCCCAGUAAUUGCUCUCCAAGCUGUUCUCACCAACUGUUUCAACUAUGAACAUCUUGGACGUCUACGCGAGGUACAUCCCCAUUGGGACGAAAUUGCUGGACAGUUGCUGAACUCUGGAUACUACAAACUUCUGGAAAGGUUUGCAUUGACACAAAAAGUAUCCAAUGAUCUGAAAUUUUUCAGAUCUGACAAACUUCUAAUGGCUCUUCAAAGAAAAGUGGUCAGUGAACCUGGGUUGCACUAUGCAACAAGUGUUCUUACCAAUAUCCAAGUUCAUGUUUUGAACCCAGUUGAUAUUAUGAGAGCUGUUAUUGACGAAGGAGUUUGUUGUUUCCCAUAUGGAGUGAUUCUCGAUAAAACAUUUCUGUUAUUGGAUAGAGUUGAGGCGAUGUUACAUGGAUCUUAUGAAGAAGAUGUUCAUUGGGAGCCAGUCGCAAAAUUAGCAAAGAAGGCUGCUGCUCAUUACCGAGGAAAUUUGGAGCGUGUAAUGGAAGAAAGAAUGGGAGAGAACCUUCGACUGAAAGCGGCUCAACGAAUCAUCCGUCUUGAAAGUUUCGUCGUUGAUGCUCAAGUGGCAAAGCUAGAGAAGGAGUCUCAUAAGGCAAAAGAAGACCUUCGCUGGGAGAUCGAUCAACUUCAUCAGAAAAACUCUCAACUACGAAAGGAUAACCGUGAAAUGAAGGCAAAUCAGAUGCGUUUGGAGGCUCGUGUAGAAGCUCUUGAACAGAAAUUCAAGACAUUGGCACGACUUCUCAGUUAG